AUGACUAAUGAAACUUUGUGUUUUAUGUGUAAUAAAACCCAGUGUAUUAUCCAAUGUUCUGGAUGUGACUUGUUUUACUGUCGUCGAUGCUUCAAUAAUCAUCGUCAGCAUAUUGAGAAUGAUUUUGUUCAUCUAUACUACGUUGAACGUGAUCAGUUUCAAUAUGAAAUGAAUAUACGACUGGAUGAAAGCAAAAAUGUUAACCAGUUAUUGAAUGCAGUCGACGUAUGGGAACAUGAAACAAUUAUUGCUGUUAGAAAAUCAGCCCAGAAAGCACGUUUAAAUGUUCAAAAUUCAACUGAAAUUUAUCAUACCACAAUUCGAACUAAUUUCAAUCAAUUUACAAAUGAACUGUCAUAUCGUCACGAACAUAAAGAUUAUACAGAGAGGACAAUUGCACAACUCUACAGGCAAUUGAACGAACUAAAAACUUCGACGAGUCGCCCAACCAAACUUGCUCUAAAACCGAUAUUGCAAACUUAUGGUCCAGAACAAAAAACAUUUCGAACAACUGAUACAUCUGGAUAUGCGUUUGGCACAAUAUUAUCACAAGUAGAUAAAAGUGAUGGUGAACGAAAAGAUGUGAAUGAUUUAGAAGAUGAUGUACCACCGAUACUAUUAUCAAUGGCAACCGAUAAUGUUGGUGAUGCCGAUUCCUAUUCGCCAUCGCUAAUUCGUAGCUAUAUCAUGAAUAACAAAAUUGUAAACACGGAUUUAACAGCUAAACAGAAAGAUAAAAUAAUGAAAUAG